AUGGCAGAAGGUCUGAAGCCUGGCGUUCGAGAAACACUCAAGUCCUAUAUCUUCAUUAAUGGCAAGUACUGGGUCGCGAAGGACCUCACUCUGGCCAACUUUGUCGAUCUGGUGGCCGCCGAGACACGCGAAUACGACUUUACCACCGCUGUUCAGGCGGCUUACAGAACCACGGUUCAUGAGCCAAAGCCUCAGUCGGAAGGCUACGCGGAUUUUCCUUCUUUGGCCGAAAUGCGACCUCCUCCCAUGAUGCCCGCUGGCGCCAAUGUCGACCGCAAAAUCUGGGACGGCAACAAUUCGAGAAAGAUGAAAAAGGAAGACGAAGACUUCAUGGCGGCAGCGAUGACUGAUGAGGAGAACGAUGAGGGACCCAUUGGACAUCCUAAAUACCACACGAAUGUGAUUUUGAACCAUGCGCCUUUGGCCUCAAUGGCCCCUUGGCACCCUAGCAACAUUCAGGAGCCAGAGGCUCACCAGCAUGAUCGUGCCUUGGAGGCCGUCAACAACUGCAUCAUCGCUGGACAGCAGCCGCAGAUCCUCCCUGGUCUCGACGACAAUCGCUUCGAUGAACACACGCCGCACUAUUAG